AUGACGUCACCGCAAAACAAGAAAGAAUUGGAGAGUCAGCUAGGCAUGUUCACCUACUUGGCUCAGUAUUCACCACAUCUGUCGGAGAAAACUGCAACUCCUGAGAGAGUUGGUGAAGAAAGAUACACAUUGGAAUUGGUGUCCGGAACACCAAGCUGCAUUUACCGAAAUUAAGAAUAUCAUAACGCAAGUUCCAGGUCCAGUUCUGAAGUUUUAUGAUACUGGUAAAUAUGUCACAGUGCAAGAGGAUGCUUCCCAGUCAGGGCUAGGAGCUGUGCUUCUACAAGAUGGGAAACCUGUGGCAUAUGCUUCGAAAGCUUUAACUCCAACCCAGCAAGCAUACGCUCAAAUAAAGAAAGAAGCAUUAGCGUUAGUCUUUGGAUGCGAGAAGUUCCACCAUUACCAGAAACAGACCACAAACCUUUAG